CUAUUAUCGCAUAGAUGGAUAGAGUCGCAGGUUGAAUUUUCCAUCCAUACAUAAUCCCUAAAUUCAUUUUGAUAAUUAUUCUAAUUUUGCGCGAAGGCCAGAGAGAAAUGACGGGACCAACACCAAUUACAGCCGUGUCUUUACUCUCUCCACCUGCAGCACCCAUCUCUUCUCGAUCACUAUCCUCUCUUCCUUCUACCGUACACACUACUGGUAGAACAGGCAAUCACUCCACGAAACCGGCGACGACGACGAAUAUGAAAUCUUCUACUCCUUGGUGUUCUUCUAUGAAUGUUACUUCCUUAGCAGUUUCGGCUGCAGUUUCACCCGGCAUUACUGCUCCCCAACACCUCAACAUCCGAAGAAGAAAAAGGACGAUUUCUUGUGAGAUCUCUCUCGAAUCAGAUUCCACAACGGUGAUAAGAGCAUCAUCUGAGGAGGCUAAGAUCGGUGCCAGGGUUAGGGUUAAGGUGCCAUUGAAGGUGCACCAUGUUCCCAGGCUGCCGGAGGUGGAUUUGACUGGUAUGGAAGGUGAGCUCAAGCAGUAUGUUGGACUUUGGAAGGGUAGGAGAAUAUCCGCGAAUCUGCCUUACAAGGUCGAGUUCCUUACCGAAAUCCAAGGCCGCGGCCCUGUCAAGUUCUUUGCCCAUCUCAAGGAAGACGAGUUCGAAUACCUCUAAAACACAAAUUUUAUGUACUCCCUCCACCCUGUACUUUCAAUCCUAUUAUAUGCUUUUGUUGUAUUUUUUACUCCUGCUUACUGCAAUCUCAUCGCAUAUGUUUGGUUCUUUUGAAAA